GCCACCUCCCAGGGGCCUCGCCUGCUCGCGCUCGCCCGGUCCCAGUCCUCCUCAGUCGUCCAAGUCCGCUGCCCCGGCACCCCAGCCCCCCGACCUCGCGCCAUCCCCGAUCCCAACCUUGAAACCCCGAAACCGAAACCGCGCGAAAAAUCGUGACGGAGUCGCCGUUUUUUGCCCGCCACCCCACGUGACAUUUUUUCGUAGUUUUUCGUUUGGACCCUUUUUUGUUGGCGUCACGUGACUGUGUUGUUUUUCCGGGUCGGUACUUUUCGAGGGUUCGAUCACUUGAACAUCAGUUGUUUGUGCGGUGUCAACUUGACAGUUCGUGCGUUGAGUGCUUGUUGUCGUUGGUGCUCGCGAUUCCGAGGAUUUUCGUUCAUUUCGCCCGCCGGAUUACGAUGCCAAGGAUACCGCCUGCGAUGCUCUAGGAUGCUGUUCAAGGGUAACAGCAGUAAAUUGGAGCACCUAAUCGAGAAAAUUCAAGCCAACAAGGAGAACCACGAGUUGACCCAUCAGCUAGACCUCAAAGACGCCCUGGGGACGGAACCGGGGUCAUCAUGGGGGUCUGAGACCUCCCCCGGGAGUUCGUGCGCCACUCCCAACUCCGCGGCGGAGUCGGAUGUGACGUUCACGGUCGGAGUCACCGACGCCACCCCCUACGCCUGCCAGUUCUGCGAGAAGGCCUUCCCCAGGCUCAGCUACCUCAAGAAACAUGAACAGACGCAUAGUGAGCACAUGCCGUUCCGGUGUGAGUUUUGUAGCCGACUUUUCAAGCACAAGAGAAGCCGGGAUCGUCACAUCAAACUCCACACGGGUGACAAAAAAUAUAGGUGUACGCAGUGUGAAGCCGCUUUUUCCAGAAGCGAUCACCUGAAGAUCCACAUGAAGACCCACGACAAUCAGAAGCCGUUCCAGUGCACGGUCUGCAACCGGGGCUACAACACAGCCGCCGCUCUUACCUCGCACAUGCAGAACCACAAACGCUCCCCCACCCCCAACAACAACAAUGCUGCGCCCGGCAGCUCCUAUCGCUGCCUUCAAUGCUCCGAACUCUUCCGGAAACCUGAGCAAUUACAGAAUCAUAUGUCAACUGCCCACAAGAUGGAGCCACCAACAACAGGAGCAAGAUCUGGAAGUCGCGGGGGCUCACCCUACACGUCAGCUUCCCGCCCACGGCUCGCUUGCAUAUAUUGCACAAAUGACAACUUCACCACCAUGGAAGCCCUUCAACUUCACGUUCAAGCUAUGCACGGCUCAAUCCUAAACGGCGAUCUGCACCGCGAGCUAUCCCAACAGCAACUAUCCCUCCCGAGCCCAGGCCAGCACUUCAUGUCCUCUCUCAGCCUCGGCUCCCCCGGCUCUGCAACCCGCAACUCAGCACUCCUCCCACUGACCUGUGAGCUGUGCACGAUGCGUUUCGGCUCCGUGCAGGCGCUGCACAAGCACGCCGUCUUCGUCCACGGCUACCGGGGCGCCCUCAACGGCAAAGACCAGGGCCCGGCCCCGGAGCCCCUUUUCUGCGUCCGCUGCGCCCUCCCGUUUCCAUCCCCAGCAUCUUUCGCCGAGCAUUUUGUCUUGGUGCACGGAUCCAGCGCUGCCAACCUUUUAGGCAUCCCGUCGCCCGUCCAGCUCAAGCCCACGGAUUUGAGUGUUACUAAGAAGUCUGGUAAACAUGCGAGUUCGAGUCCGGGAGAGGACGAUCGCCCACCCUCUGGCAAGAAGGCCAAAGUCGGUCAGGAGAAUGGUGUAUCGCCCAAUGGACCGUUGCCGAGGUCUUUGUCCAGGACACCUACUAACCACUACGACGAGCCAGGGACCCUAAUGUGCAACCAAUGCAACGCCGCACUUCCGAACUUCGAGUCCUUCCGCUCCCACGUGAAGGCGCACAUCGAGGAGGCGGGAGGCCUCCGGGGUCUCCUGGGGGGCGCCACGAACCUCGAACGCAAACUUAAGAGCCUGCCCCCCGAGCAUCCGUGCCCCCACUGCGGCGCCACGUUCUCAUCCCCCGAGAACCAGGCCCAGCACCUCCUCACCCACUUCCUCUCGACGACGACCGAGUACGGCUGCCAGUCCUGCGGCAAGGCCUUCGGGAAACCUGACGAACUCCAGCGGCAUCUCCUUGAUGCUCACACGCACCACCUCUACCGUUGCGCCCUUUGCAAGGAGAUCUUCGACUCCAAGGUCACUAUCCAGGUUCAUUUCGCUGUUAAUCAUAGUAAGGAAUGCAAGCUGUUUCGAUGUACCGGGUGUCCGUCGUCUGUGGCCACGUAUCGCUCGGAGAUGGAUUUCAAUUCGCAUGUCCGGACCGUCCAUACGCCUCAUUCUAUGAACCUCCUGUCGUCGCCCAAACCUAUUAUCCAGUCUCCUCAAUUACUGCAAUGCUUCUUCUGUCGACUGAGCUUUGCAUCCGAGAUCGAACUCCAGUUCCAUCUGGCUGUCCAUACAAAACAGUUCCAAUGCCCCGUGUGUCCGGAAGCGUUCCACGUCGAAUUCUUGCUGGACAAGCACAUGGAAACCGUCCAUCAUUCCUCUCAGGUUGUAAAUGGAGGAGAUCAGCGACAGUGCUCAACGCCGAAAUCCUCCAAAACUCCAACCGCCUCAACCCCGACGAGUCGAAACUCCUCAACUCCACAGCCAAAUAAUCUUCCCACUAGUCGUACUCCGAACGGAUAUCCAAGUCAUCCCUCGAAAAAGUCUGAAUCUAAUCACAACAUUCCAUCAAACUCCUGUGAUAUCUGCGAAUGUGCGAAUUUCACCUCAGAGGCGGAACUGACUGCUCAUCGGAAGCUAGUUCAUAAUGUCAAAUCAGCGAAUUCAGGAAAGGUGAGCUUGCAUUGCGCAUACUGUAAUGAAAACUUCAAAACAAGAACUGAACUAGAGAACCACAUGAAGAGCCACUCUCAGAGCAGUGGAGGAUCAGGAAAACAUAAGUGCAAUAUCUGUGAUGAAAUCUGUCCGUCUGCAGCAGUUCUAGCGGAACAUAAACUAACCCAUUGCAAGGUGAUAUCGGGCUCGGCGUGCACCCACUGCAAGACGAGCCUGGGCGACGAGGAGGAGUUCAUGCAGCACCUGCAGCAGCACAGCUCGACGAACCCGGGCCUGCAGCAGCAGCAGCAACUGGUGCUCCCGACCGCCUGCGUCAUCUGCCGGCAGACGCUCGUCUCCGAGAUGGAGGCCCGGAUCCACGCGAGGUUCCACCUCCACCAGCGGCAGAGCGAGGCCUCCACGUCGACGUGCUGCGUCUGCCUCCAGCCCUGCGACCGGAGGGACCUCAACGUCGGCAUAUGCAGCGAUUGUCUCCGCAAGCAGUCCUCCAAGGCCUCCAUCGUCCGCUGCCCCGAGUGUCAGAUCACCUUCGAUGGGCCUCUCGCGCUGGAGGCGCAUCUCGCGUCCGCGCAUAGGAAGAAUUAUCAGUGCAUCAAAUGCCAAAUAAGCCUAGAGACGGAGCAAGAGAUGCAACUGCACGUGGCCUCGCACAUGCUGUCGGACGGGCUGAGCGGUCUGGAGUGUCGGCUGUGCCUGCGGGUGCUCGGCUCGCCGCUGCAGCUCCAGACGCACCUGAUCGAGCACACGUUCGCCGGCUGCCCGGCGUUCACGUGCUACAUCUGCAGCUCCGUCUUCACGGCGGCCGCCGGGCUCCAGUCGCACAUCCUCGAGCACGGCCUCGCCGCCCGCCCAUACGACUGCCCCCGCUGUAGCUCCCGCUUCUUCUUCCGCGCCGAGCUCGACAACCACAGCUUCAUCCACCUCGAGGAGGACGCCAUCGGCGCCGACCUCACCAAGAAUCUGUCCUAUCACUAUCAGAACCGCUUCUCGCCAAAGACCCCGAGCAAAGCGGCCCUGAACAGCAGUUUCAGCGAGUUCGAUCAGAACAAGAACUGCCGGAAACAGCCCUCAAACGAGCGAUCAGGCUUCGUUUGCCAAGAGUGCCAGAAGGAGUUCGACACAGAGGACACACUGGAAGCGCACUCGAAGACAUGCCGAGCGAGAAUAAACCCAACAGAGGAUGCCAAAGAAGAGAUCUCGGAGGACCCUCUGGAGGAAACCGAAGAGAAAUGCCAGGACUUGAGCAUCAACUCCCGGGAAAGCCAAUCGCCAAGUAAGAGCGACGAUGUUCCCUCCAUCAAAAACGAAGCCGCGAGUCCUCGGAUCAAGGAGGAGAUGACGGACGAUAAUGAGAAGGAAAUUGAUGUCGGGGAGAAUAGUGAUGAUACGGUGCCUUGAUCGAUCGUGGCAUUCCAGGGUUGUUUUUUCAACGGAUGAUGUUCGUCGAACACUGCUCAUUAAUUUCCCUUGCGGAAUAUGAAAUAGUCGUACCCAAGUAGCAUUGUCAGCUACUUUCUAGG